AUGAGCAAGCGCAACGCGAAGUCGCCCAAAGAGCAGAACGGGCGGGCCGACAGCAGCGCGACCAUGAGCAGCAACAUUCUCGAACACCGGCGUAGACACGGCUCUAUAGAUCUUAGUUCGCCAGCUGGCCAGGCAGCCUCCCUGAUGCAGCGCCCAAGCUUCACCUUGGACGAUGCAGUACCACAGCUAGACAAAGAUGACGAGGGGUCGUCCAAGGGUUUCUCCGAGCUAUCAAAGAAAGAUCAGAGGAAUUUUUUGCUGCUAGUACUGUUGUACUUCUUGCAAGGCAUACCCAUGGGCCUCGCGAUGGGCUCAGUACCAUUUCUGCUUAAGAAAGCGGACGCUUCGUAUUCGGCUAUUGGAGUCUUCUCACUUGCGGCAUACCCAUACUCGCUGAAGCUACUUUGGAGUCCUAUCGUGGACGCGGUGUGGUCACCAAAGCUCGGGCGCAGAAAGAGUUGGAUCUUGCCGAUUCAGACCAUCUCCGGCUUCUCGAUGCUUUGGCUGGGCUCUGUGGUAAAUAAGAUCAUGGACUCUGCUGCGGAAAGGGAUGGUAGUGGAAUCUGGAACUUCACAUUCUGGUGGUUCGCGUUAGUUUUCCUGUGCGCAACGCAGGAUAUUGCUGUAGACGGCUGGGCACUGACGCUUCUCUCUCAAGAGAAUCUUGCUUUCGCAUCUACGGCGCAAACAGUCGGUCUUACUGGUGGCCAGUUCCUUUCUCACACAGUCUUCCUCGCUUUCAACUCGGUCGAGUUUACCAACAAGUGGUUCCGCAGCACGCCUGGCACAACCGGAUUGAUGAACCUGGACAGUUACCUUACGUUCUGGGGAUGGGCAUAUCUAGUCGUGACCUUGGGUCUGGCUCUGAUGAAGCGCGAGGAAAGGACCAAAGAGAGGGAAGGCAUCAUGGAGGUCUACCAGACCAUGUGGGGGAUCCUCAAACUCCCGAACAUUCAAAGCUUCAUCGUCAUCCAUCUCAUUGCGAAGAUCGGCUUCCAGACCAACGACGGAGUCACCAGCUUGAAGUUGCUUGCCAAGGGAUUCAGCCAGGAAGAUCUUGCCCUCACCAUUCUUAUCGACUUUCCUAUCGAAAUGUCGCUGGGAUACUACAUUGGAAAAUGGUGCCAGACGUAUCCACCCAUGCACAUCUGGUCACUGGCUUUCGUGGGGCGCCUGAUUGCGGCCGGAUUUGCUCAAUUUGUCGUCUCUAUCUUCCCUGCGGGCGGAACGACGACCUGGUACCUGCUCCUCGUCAUCUGCGAGCACGUGUUAUCCACAUUCAUGAAUACGGUCAUGUUUGUUGCGGUGUCCGCUUUCCACGCGAAGAUCUCCGACCCGGUAAUCGGAGGCACCUACAUGACUCUACUGGCCACUGUUUCCAACCUCGGCGGUACCUUCCCUCGCUACUUCGUGCUCCGCUUCGUUGACUACUUCACCGUGGCCACAUGCGAGCCGCCUACCAAGGCUCCAGCUGAGCUCAAGGGUGACCUUGUAACCCAAGCCUUCUCUUGCGCGCUGGAGGCUGACCGACACCGCUGCGAAACCGGAGGUGGCACCUGCAAUGUGCAGACGGAUGGCUACUAUGUGAUGAACAUCAUAUGCAUAAUCAUCGGGGCGGUGACCUUCUACGGGUACAUCAAGCCAGCGGUGGCGAGGAUACAAGCGCUGCCGCUGCGGGCGUGGAGGCUAUCAUAG